AUGUCGGAACGACUCGUGAUAUUAUAUCUUUCGUACAGCAGUUUCUUUGGUAUCGGAGUCAGCUUUGUUUUUAACGCCGGCCUUGUUAUUGUCAGUAAUUAUUUCAGCAGACGAAGAUCUUUGGCUCUCGGUUUCGUGUCGGCUGGUCAGGGGCUUGGGGUGUUAGCUCAGGGACCACUCCUACAAACAAUUAUAGACAAGUAUGACUGGAAGACAACCUACAGAAUAAUGGCUGGGGUUAUAUUUGCAAUAUGUUUGCUUGGAAUCACCUUCGAUCCUAAUGUGAAGUCUAAUGAAGAAGAGAAGAACACUGACCCAGGAGGUCCCGAGCAGUCGACCUUAUCUCCCGACGAUGCCAAGGCGAAACUGAGGAAACGGAGACGACGGCGAACAUUUGUUGAUUUAUCCGUUUGGAAAGUACCUACUUUCGUGGCCUUAACUUUGUCUUCUUCCAUUGCACAGUUUGGACACUUUGUACCUCAAAUUCACCUGGUAAUUUUACUAUUUUUCUGCCUAAGUAAUUCAGUCGAACUAUUUUUCCUCUGUAGUUUGUAAAAUUCCCUUGUAGAGAAAAGAAAGCGAUUAAGAUCUAAAACCGUGACCGUACUGCUUGUAUCAAUAGCUCUGCAUCUUCCUCAACGGAUGAUAUCGUGAACGGUGAAAGCUACUGGCAUGCGUCUAAAGGUCUUGUUUCAAAGGGUCAGUGUCUUGAGAUUUGUUGAUCGUUAUUAAAAAAAGUGAGGAAGACUACUCAUCUGACUGCGGGAGGAAAAUAAGUCCGAACGGUAGCUUUACCUAAGGGAACGGAGUAAGGAGAGUUUCAAGUGAAAAUGAGGAGCGGGAGCCCAUAGUCGAAGGAGCUGUGAAUGAAUCCUCUGCAACAGAAGAGGAAGCAAUUUUCACUUGACUCGCAUAUCAAACUAGAACUUUAACCCAACCCAAAGUAACUGAAUUUUACUUUAAUUCCCUUCUGGCUGAGCAAUUAAGUCGAACAAUUUUUUGUUCCUUUGAGAGGUUCAUAUAGGAAUUAUUCUGUAUCAUUUUAAAUCCGGAACGAGUUUUAAACAGGGACCAAGGAGGCAAAAUGCUCGGAGCAGAAAUACAUGAUAGGGGAGAGAGAUUGUGUAUAUUGUGAUUUGUUUUUUUCUAUAGGUGCGAUUCUGUGAGGACCUUGGCAUAACUGCUGACAUGGCGUCCAAGUUGUACAUUUACUACGGAUUAUCAUCAGCCAUUGCACGUGUCCUAGCAGGCCGCUUAUGUGACAUCCGAGGAAUAAAUCCUGUUUACCUUUAUCAAUCAGCCGAGUUUGUUGUCGGUCUAUCAACGAUACUUGUUACCCUGGCAAACGAUUACACGGCUAUGAUAGUAUUUGUAGUCAUCUACGGAUUUUGCGACGGAAUAUUCAUCACAACCCUGAAUAUUAUUCUUCUGACGAGUGUAGAUGGAUCAAAACGGGCAGCUGCUCUUGGGUGGAACAUGCAGUUUACAACAAUUUUUAUGGCCAGUGGUCCACCUCUUGCUGGUAGGUUUUUUGCCCCGGUGUAAAGGAAGCGUUCCCUGCAACAAACUCAAGUAGCUUAAGGCCUGGGUUACAGAUUUUUAAGAAUUUUUAAAGCAGGGGUGGAAUAACGUAUUAAAGUAUUUUCAAGAUAUCCCAUGACUAAGGCCACUCUUAACCAAGAUAUCCUCCAAUUUCAUUUAAAUUUUUUUAUAACUGCAUCACGUGACCAACCAAGCCCUGGUUUAUCGAGAAAUCUUGUGAGUCGAAAUUCCGACCAGAUGGAAAGCAAACCGUUUUCCUUAGUAGGUCCAAAAAAUGGCUACUAAUAGUCUUGUCGUUAAAAAAAUCGGAAUGAGGCGAGGUCAAUAAACGUCUUUCUCCCGUCGAAAAUUUUAGUUAGGGGAAGACUGGCAGUAGUCAAUAAACACCAAUUGCACCGGCCAGUUGGAAUGCUUCGAACUAUUUCGAGCUGAUUUCGUAGACACUUUGUAGGGACAUUGUUUUGAUACAGAGAAACUGGAGCCACUCGUUUGGCAAGUGGUGGGAAUCGUUGUUUACAAUUUUCAAACAAUGGAGGGCGUGGUCAAUCACGUGAACAAAUAAUUUAGUCUUUUUAAAGUUUAGUUUACUGUACCACAUAUCAUUCCUCAUGGAUGUCUUUAACCAUAGUUUUUAGAAACUAUACAUAAAAACCAUAAAUGACUUAGAUCCACGCCUUAAUCUACUUGAGGAUAUUUUUUAAUUCUCGCUUUCUUUGAACCUUUGUCUCGCCAAAACUGACCACCAAGCACACCCGAAACUUUAUUAAAAGUUUCGGUGUGUUUGCUGGUCGGUUGCAUUCCGUAUGUGAGCUGGUAACCGAAUGUUUAGGGAAACGUUUACUGACCUCAUGUAAGUAAUAUAUAGAUUUAGCCAAGGCUAAAAGCGAAGCUCUCGAUAAUUUUUAUAGAUUGCUCAAACAAAAUAUAAAAUCGUAUAAUGCUAAGCGGCGAAGGCAACGAGAACGGUAAAAAAAACAACAACAAUAGGUCUAAUUAGCAAACAAGCCACUUUGCACGUGCAGGACACUUUUUUUGUACAUUUCUUUGCCGUUGUUUUGCACGACUGUUACGUGAAACUCCCACAAACUUCCUUCCUAGUUACAAGUUUUAUGGAGGGAAUGUCGGACGUGUUCUUGUUCACUCUUUUUUCACUCUCGCUCAUUUUCACCCUGGUGGCCGCUAGCAUCCCGCCGCUACAAAAUUUAAUUUUGUUCCUUCAACAGAAAAUGUCUCCUUUUUUUCCUUCUUUAGUUGUGUCUGCUUCACAAGACGCGGGUGGCCAGACGCUUUCCCGCCAAAUUAACCUGACAUUUGGCAUCGGCUUACAUGUAGUGGGUGUACGGACGGUCGUUCGUACGCUACGCAAAAUUUUCUCGGAUGGAUAGUUUAAACAAUUUUCCUCCCCUUGGUGCUCCGCUGGUGCGCUUCGCGCGCGAGAGCUCCGCUAUCAAGCAAGCCAAUGUUAUAGAUAACUGUCAGAUCUCUAUAAGACGGGCGCCUAGCGUUGGUCCUAAUAUCUUUCUUUAUAACUUUUAGUUUACUCUCUAUAAUAUACCCUUGGCCCCGCCUUUCUCUUCUCCUUUUAGUUAAUUCUUAAUAAAAAAGAAGGAGCAUCUCUCUAAGACGGAUACACAGUGUCGGUCCCAAAGAUGUCCGCCCUAGAAGGAGUUGACUCCAUUUUUUUUAAGAAAAACUUUCGAAUUCAAAGUCAUACCGUAAGGCCUAAUGGUUGACAAAUUUAGCUUAUAUGAUGCCUUGCCCUUUGAAUGGCUAAAAUUAAGAAUCCCUUUUGCUGGCCCUAUUGUUGAUGUUGUUGUUGUUGUUCUAGUAAGAAAAAGCCAGAGUAAGCAAUCUUCGAUUUCCUCUUUUAUCUUUCUGUAGGCUUAGUGGCUGACAAACUUGGGUCAUAUAGUGGCGCGUUCUACAUGGCGGGUAGUGUUGUGAUGUUUGGAGCAAUGAUACCAUUCGCUUUGCUUCUUACUAAAAGAAGAGUAACUCGAAAAAACACUGACCCCGCAGAUGACAUGCCGGGCUUGGAGAGCAUGGUUGAGACUUCAAACACCGAAGAAGCCUCCCGAGGGCCUCAUAGUAGCAAUGUCACAGAUCAUUUGAUUACGACCUUUCCUGGAACAGUCAAAGACGAUAGCGAAAGCGAAAAUGCAAGACCAAGAGCCUAUAGCCGUAAAGAGUCUCUCCGAAGCUAUGCCCAUUCACAAACGGACGAUGCUUUAGAGUUAUUGGUUGAUAGCGACAAAGAAACCGAGCAGUCUGGUGUAAAGGCGAGGAAAUCUAGCCUUACAAAGAGGAAGGAAAGCGUUAAUAGCCUAAAUCGUGAUCGCACAGCUAGUGUCAAAAGCUAUGCUCGUUCUUUUACGGAUGAUAACCUGGAUGGUGUCAGCGACAGCAGCUGGAAGUCUAGUCGCAAUGGGAGUUUCUUGAGUUUUGUUGCUCGUAAAGGAAGCCCCAGGAGCUUUACUCAUUCCCUUCUAACUGAGGAGGACUUCCCACCUGACGACGAAAGCGACAGCAAACGGCAGUUUGGUGCAAAGGAACGGCGGUCAAGUGGUAAGGGGAGUUUCAAGGGUAAAACGAGGAGCAGCAGCUCGUUGGUCGAAAGAGUUGUGAAUGAGUCCUCUGCAAUAAACGGCGGAGCAAUGCUCACUGACAACGACAACCUCCAGCAAGCUGUUAUCACAUAGGAAAAUCCAGAUGAGUCAGAAUGAUAAUUUCACAGGCAUCAAGUGCCAGAACUACGAAGAUAAAAAUAGAUUUCCCGGAAUUCUUUUGUGCGACGAAUUUUGCUUCGACAUUAGUUUCGAUACUGGGGGCCUCGUAACUAUAUCUGAUAUCAGUUUGAUGAUUGUGUGAUAAAAAAUAACUUGAUCGAGAUUCAAGGCCAUAGGCUUAAAUCUUUAAGUCCCAAGAGCGGCCAACAUCAAUGUUCUCCUAGUAAUAUCAAUAUAUAAUGACGAGGAAUGGUUAAGAGAAUUAAUAAAAUGAUCAUCUAAAAGGGAAGUGCUUUUUUUUUAUGAGAUUCUUUCAUCUUAUGCUUGAAGGCAGAGGCGGAUCCAGGGGAGGGUCCCGGGGGACCCGUCCCCCCUUAUUUCUAGACCAAACUGAGGCCCGCCC